AUGAAAGUUUUUCCUGAAACUAGCAAACACCUUAAGUCUCUCGAUACCAUGAUAUACUAUGCUACGGAUGGCUCGUCGGGGACUCACCCACUUGUUCUACAUCAGAAUUUUGACCGUUUACUUUCUAAUGGAGAAGGCAAAAGUAAUGCUUUAUUCAAUCAUGUUUUACGUGAUGGUAAAGAUUGCUGUAAAAUAAAAAGUCUCGAAGUAUUUCGGUUUUUACAAAAAUAUGCUGAUGACACUGAGAUUAAUAUUAUUUAUCCGGCUGGAGAAACUUUUGAUGAAAAUGAAGUUCAAAUUCCUGGAAAUAAUCCAAUUGUGACUCCUAGCAAUCCACUAACCAAUAACAAUAUGUUAGUUGAACUGACUAUUAAGAAAAUUACUAAAGGCCAAGAUGGAAAUUAUCAAGAUCUAUUACAAGAAACUAAGUAUUUAGUUAACGCUGGUUUCAAGAAAGAUGGGGAAGAGUAUAAAUUAUAUCAGGAUUUGAAACAAAUUGCUGCUGAUUUCUCCAUAGAUAGAGUAGGAGGGAGACCAGUUGAUCUUUAUCCUAGUAAAAGCGGUAUGGAUAAAUUUACCGGACCAUGGAGACUUGCAUUUGCUUAUACUAGUUGA